AUUGAAUUGUGGCGAACGUUAAUCCUUGCGAUACAAUGGAUACGAUGAGCCAAAAUGUUUCUGCUAUUUUCCUGGCAGCGCGCCUGUGACUCGGUUUGUUUGUCUGACCUAGACUGGCGCAUCAACGCUCCGUGAACGCAUCACAAAUGGCUCCUGGGAAUAAAACAGCGUAGAAAACUCACUGCUGAGUUCAGAUCCUAAGACAAGAACGACGAGGUGCUCUAAACUGUGCGACACGUGGUCUGACUUUUGGCGCAACAAAACGCAAAAAAAAAAAACGCAGCGAUGCAGCGUCGGAUCUGCGUCCUGCUGCUGCUGCCGUUGGUGCUGCUGCCAGCCUGGCCGUCUCUGCCGGCCAGCGUUCGGAAGAAAGCCAGCAGGACUCGACCUUGUCUGGACCUGCCUGAGGAGGUUUUGGAGCAGAUGUUCGGAAGGCUCUCGGUGGGGGUGAUGAGCGCCUUCCGCCACGCUCUGCAGCUGGAGCCCCGGGAUAAACUUAACCUCACCUGCCCGACCGCAGCGCCGACCCUGACCGACACUAAGACCCGCCUCCCGGUCAACCUGCGGAGCAUCUCCCCCUGGGCUUACAGAUAUCCCCGCUACAUCCCUGAGGCCUACUGCCUGUGUAAGGGCUGCCUGGUCGGGCCGUACGGGGAGGAGAGCCAGCAGUACCGCAGCACUCUGGUCUAUGCUCCCUCCGUCAUACUGAGGAGAACUGGCUCCUGUGUAGGUGGACGGCACUCCUACUCUGAGAUCUACGUCUCUGUGGCCGUGGGAUGCACCUGUGUGCCUCUGAUGGAGAAAGAACGAGAUGGUCGGAGCAGCAACAAGAGCCUAGAGGGAGGAAAGCCCAAAGCUAGAAAGAUGUUCUCUCCUGGGAAGAAAGCCUGAUGGAGGGAGGACACAGGGACAUCAGACCUUUGACAGGCAGAAUUAUUAAAGUAAGGACUCUGGACUUCUUUUCAAUUGAAACAUAUAACACUCUUUGGUUUUUAACCUGAACUUUAACCCUUGGACUUGAAAAUGACAACUUGGAGGACUCCAUUUGUAAAUUCAGAAACAACUGGAGGUAACUGGUUGCAGCAGAUUUAUUUUGGGAUAUCAGACUGAGGGAACUUAAAAUAUAUGCACUUUAAAAAAAUUAUUUUAGUGAAUUUGCUUUACACUGAGCUAAGCCUCCGUCUUGUUUUUUUCUAAAUUAGAAAUAUUUUAGUCCAACCUGUCUUUGUACAACGUUAGGAGACACAUCUGAAUGCCCCGAUCAAUGCUGCCAUCUACUGGUUCAAAAAGUAGCUACAGCUCAGUCAGCGACUCUUAUUAAACCUGAGAAAAACACCAAGGUUUCAUUAAAACAUCCUAACAUUAAUUAUUUCUGUCUUUCUCUGCCUCUUCAAAAGGAACAAUCAAAAUUUGUAAAUCAUUUGUUUUCUCACAGUACAACUGUUAGGAAUAACCUUAAUUAAAAUGCUCAUAGCUGUUUUUCCCUUUUAUACUAUAGUGAAAUAAAUAUAAGUUCUAAUGUUUCCCUUUUCUUACAAUAGGAUAAGAAGCUCAUAGACAUACAGCA